AUGCGUGCUUCCACAACAAUCUUUGCAAUCACUGCUUUAUUGGCAUCUACCGCUCAAGCUCAAAUUCCAGGUUUAUCCUCUGGUUUGAUCAGCGGUUUAAGUACAAACUGUUUGGGCGGUUUGGCUUCUUUGUUGAGCAAUCAAGAUUUGAACAGCUGUUUGGCUAUCACAAGCGUAAUUACUGAAUUGGGUACAGUUGGUCAAAAUGAUUCUUUGGUAGGUCCUUUGAACACUUACAUCGGUUCAAACUUGUGCCCUGCAAGUCCAUGCAGUAAUUCAACUUUAGCAUCUGCCAAUUCGACCAUCAAUCAAUCAUGCUCAAGUGAAAUUCAAUCAGGCGCAAACGUCUUGCCAGGAUUGUUGCAAUUGGUUGUUUCCAACUAUAAUGACGUUAAAAAGGCUUCUUGUUAUGAAGACACAAAGGCAAACAAUGAAAUUUGCAUCGUUCAAACAUUAACAAACCUUCAACAAAAUUUAGGUCAAAAUGUUUCAUUGAAUACGAUUACAUCUUUGAGCAAAGGCGGUUCAAGUGCAUUGCAACCUUUAUUGUCAAAGUUGGCAGCAAAUUCUAGUGCUUUGUGCACAGAUUGCAACAGAGGUAUCCUUACAACUUUGGCACCCACUUUGCAAUCUUACUUGAACUCUUCCACCAAUCAAGCACUUCAACAAGCCGUCGCGCAAGGAUGCGGUCAAACAUUCUUGACAAGUGGCGUUCCAACGGAUUUGAAAGAAACUGGAAAAUUACAAACAACCAGCGGAAGCAAUUCCGGCACAAACGGUGCUUCCCUUGUUACCGUUUCUUCCGUCACUGCCGGUACAGCAUUAUUGGCAAUCGGAAUGGCUUUGUUGGCUUGA